CAGCAGAUAGGAGAGAAAGAAAGAAGAAGAGAGAGGACGGAGGAGAAAGUCAGAGGCUAAAUUCCUGACCUGUGGGGCUUGAGAGAUUCUUGCUAAGAGCUGCUCCGGCCCUGCAGAGAGAAGCCUUAGUCCUUUUAAGGAGGAAGAAGAACAGGGACAGAUCUGGAGACUCAAGACAGCCUGGACAGCAGCAUGGACACCUCCAGAGUAGACAUUUCUGUACAGGGAAGACAGACCUGAAAAGGGAAAGAUGGAGCUUCCUGGGAAGGAGAAGGCGGUCAUAUGCAGAGGGAAGCAUAGGCUAAUAGAGAGCCCCUCAAAAGCUCCUCACAUUAUGGGCAGCUCCUGGAAGGUGCUCCUAAUCGCAGCCUCCAUCCUUAGCUGUUGGAUCCAGUCAACAUCUGCUCAAGGUAAUCCUGUUCGUAUUGUGCCCAUCCCACCCUAUGGGACUGUGGGCAGCAACGUCCUCUUGACCAUCUUGGGAUUCACAGAGAAGGGUAGCACCUAUACUUGGUACAGAAAGACAAGAGAGGCUUCCAACCAGAUUGCAAGCUACUCUUUACGUACUAGAGUACAGACGCCAGAAGAUAGCCGAGAGAAAAUACUCCCUGAUGGUGCCCUGCUCAUCCCCAACCUCAGCCUCAGUGAUGCCAGUAUCUACAUUCUGAAAAUUACUAUUUACAGUGUUGGAGUUGGAGUAUAUGAAGUAAUAACCCAAUUAAGAGUGUAUGAAAAACUGGCCAGACCUAACAUCACUACCAAUAGCAUCAAAGUCAGAGAGAACGAGUCUUUGGUAUUCACAUGCAGCACAGAAAACGAGAGGGCAAACAUUGUGUGGUUCUUUAAUAACCAGCCCUUGCCACUCACUGAGAGGACUGACACAUCUGAAAAUAACCAGACCCUCACCAUCAAGAGUGUGAGGAGAGAAGAUGCUGGGUUCUAUCAGUGUGAAGCCUGGAAUCCAAUUGAUGCCAAGAGAAGUAACCCUUUUAGCCUGAUGGUGAACUAUGGACCAGACACUAUCAAGAUUUUUCAGAGCCCUGAAAGUGAGAAGAUUGAAGUCCGAUUCAACAAUUCCCUGACUUUAGAGUGUCAGGCUCCAUCUAAUCCACCUGUUCACUAUGAAUGGCAUGCCCAUGACAGUUCUGAGCUGAUACACUCAGGAAGCACUUACACCAUCCCCCAUGCAUCUUGGGAACAUUCAGGAAAGUAUACAUGUUGGGCAAGGAACAAUGUGACCAAGUUAUCAUUGUCCAAGAACAUCACAAUCAAGGUGAUCGAUAAGUAUCUAGGAGGAAGGAAAGGCUCCUCACUGUCUGCAGGGGCCAUCAUUGGCAUUGUGAUUGGAGAACUAGUUGGAAUCGUUCUGAUUGGGGCACUCAUCUAUUUCCUGUUUAUCAGAAAAACUGGAAGGUUCAGCAAGCACCAUCUUCUAGAGAAGAAGCAUUCAGCACCCAAAAAUGGGGAGGACACCACCUUUUAUGAGAAUACAGCUUGCCUAAAAGGCUCAGCAAUUCUUGCACAGGGCCAGAGAUCCUCCCCUACUUCGCCUGAAGUCCUGUCUGAGAGUCUCUAUGAGGCAUUGGACAUCACAGCAGAAGAUGGUUAUGAAAAGAUCAUUCCCUCAGAGAAUCCACAAGAUGAACGAAAAAGAAAAAGUUACUAGGGAUUUUAUGACUGUCCUUUUGCUUCUUUUCAUUAAGGAGGGAUCAGAGGCAUUUCUCAGGGGAGAGAUCUGAGAGAUUUAGGGCAAUGGGAAAAGCAAUUAGGAGAGGAGAAAAUGGCUGGAUUUGGAGGAAGGGAAGGCUUCCAGGAACCCAGGAACAUGCUGACUUCCCAGAAAAGACUGAGAGGCAUGAAAGAACUAGAUGGACUGGUUAGAAGCCAAGCUAUCUUGUGGGAUUCGUUUGGCUGCACACUCUGUUGCACUUCAUGGGCUUCAGUAUUUUGAAUGCUUUCAUGUUUUCUGGCCUUCUUUAUCUCCCUUAUCUAAAUUAAAGUCCUCUUAGAAAGUGUCAGGCUUAUUAUUACUGAACUAAGAUGCAGGAGAUCCACCAUUCCUGAUAGUCCUGAGAUGUUGAAAUUCUCAGCUAAGAGCCCAUCCUCUUAUGCACCUAAGAUUUCAAGUAACCAGGAACCUUUGCUUUAGAUAAUGUAAUCUGGAAGAUGGAUGGAAUCAUCUGGGCUUCCCAGAAGCAGAAUGUGGUCGAUAUUCCUAUAACGGACAAACAAAACUAGUAAUUCCAAUACAAUAGCAGCUGCAAGAACAAACCACUUAUGGGAGAAAGAAAUGCCAGCCAUGGGCUCUAAUGAUAGUGAUCCUUGGUGAUAUAGUGAACUACACCAAUGGAGAGCUUCACUCAGGGAGAAAAGGACUUCUAGUCAGGAGCUAGUUUCCUCCCAUUAGCUAUAGACCCCUUACUAUCCUUAAGUUUGCACUCACUUUUUCAGGAAUCUUGUAUUUAUAGGCGAAUGAACCCCAUUUGUUGUUGUUUUUUGUUUUGUGGCUCGGGAAUAUGUUUUAGACCCAAUUUUCAUACUAUUUCUUUUUAGUAAAUACCUUUGCUCCCAAUAAUUGUCUUUCUGUCUGAUUGCUAAUGGGAAGACAACUGGUGGGGAGUUCAUGAGAAACAGUGGUAGAAACCCUUCAGUUAUCCUCCUGAGAGACAAUAUUCUUCAGCUAAUGUCUGUUCACCCAAAAUUAUGAAUUAGGGAUGGGAGUCGGGUGAGAUGUUGGACUAUCAGGCUAAGAACUCAAAGAAUUCAAGGACAGAAAGAAAAGAGCCACAACUAUAUGAAUAUUUACAGUUUGAAUUUUAGUUUUAGGAAAGAACUGAUGUAAGAUUUAAAUCAAUAUCAAUAAGUCAAGUAUUAAUUGUAUAAAGUUUAUUAAUAAUUACUUGAAGUGGAAGGAAUAAAAAACAGAAGUAUAAAAACUAAUUAUCUAACAAAAUAAGACCACUUGAGUAAAUUCUACUGCCUGACUCAAAG